CUGCAAAUGAGAAGUUACCUGAUGUAGGCCUACAAGUUGGCAACUUUCUUCUGAGGAACCAUUGGGAGUCAGAGCAGACACACCAUAACUCGCAAGGGUUCAAGUUAGGCAUAUUUUUAUAUGUGUUACCAACUGAAGAAUGUUGCAGUAUUCUUACAAGCCGUAGGAUGCCAAAAUGUUUUGUUUUUUUUUUUUGAUUUUUUGAAAAAAAAAAAAAGCACUUGUUCUCUUGACACAAGGGAACAUGUUUUUUCAGUUUGCUGGCCUUUGGCGUGAUGACGCUGCAUCUUCCUGGGCACGCUCAGUGUUUUUUUUUGUUGAUGUAGUGCCAUAGGAAGUGACUUGCCAGAGACUGCUGGCAGAACAUUAUCUUGGUAACCAGCACUUUUUUUUCCGUCGGCCGUUGGCCGAUCUGUUUGAAAUCUCGGCUUGGGGAAUUGGAAACGUGGACCCAUUUUCUGGUAAAAAUGGUUUGGGUUUGCCAGAAAUAAACCUGCUGCACGUAGUUGCGAAAUUAAAAAAAAAAAAGUAAAAAAUGAACUGAAAAUUUAUCCCAUAAUUUACUUUUUCCCCUGAAUGUUUUCUGGUCUGACAUCAUUGUAAGAAAUGGUUUGCUUCUCGCCGGGGUGUCGCUGUUCAUAAUGCUGACUGAGAAUGGACGCCCCUGAGUACCUGGACCUCGACGAGAUCGACUUCACCGACGAUUUAGUCUACUCUGUUACCUCUCUGAAGAGCAUUCCGGAGCUUUGUCGCAGAAAUGAGUCUCAAAGUGAAGAUAGGCAAGUCCCCGCUAUAAACUGGAGCCGCGGCGUGUCGUCGCAUGGCGGCAACGGGAUCAAACCCGCCGGCAUCGCCGACGUGCACAGCAAGUUCCGCCCGGUUAAGAGGGUGUCGCCGCUGAAACACCAGCCCGAGGUGCCGGACAGCGGGACGGACGCCAAGGGCCAGAGCCAAAAUGGCGACGGGAGCAAAGAGGAGGCCGCGGACAAGCCCUCCCGAGCGGGCGAGCCGUCCGCCGAGGGGCGGGGCUUCAAGGGCAAGGGCGGCGGCGGCGGCGGCGGGGGCGGGCCGCUGUUCGGGGAGCUGGAGCACUACGACCUGGACAUGGACGAGAUCCUGGACGUGCCCUACAUCAAGUCCAGCCAGCAGGUGGCCACCCUCCCCCGCGCCGCCGCCCCGGACAAGAGGGGGGGCGCGGGCGGUGGCCCCGGGGACCGGGGCAUGGGGGGCAAGGCGUCCGGGCCCCCCCACCACGGCGAGAGCCUGGGGGGCGUGAUGCCCUACUGCGCCCUCUCCCCCGUCAAGUGGCCCGACAUCAGGAAGUCCAAGUCCAUGGACCCGGACUUCCUGCGGCAGCCGCCGCUGGGCCUCGAACUCUCCCAGGGUCCGCGCGGCUGCCCGCCGCCGUCUGCCGACGCGGAGCCGCCCGCCAGGGCCUUCCCCGAGCCCCGCCCCCACAAGGCCCUCGGGGACAUUCCGGGGAGCCAGUCCAUGAACUUCCCCCUGCAGGGGUGCUCCUCGGCCCGGGUGGACGGCAGCCGGAGCUGGGGCGGCUCCAGGGCCCACGGGGAGGUGGACGAGGAGGCCAAGAAGGUCCAGAACAUCAUCAACACCAUCCGGGGAGGCCAGAUCUCGCUGCUGCCUCACCUGGCGGCGGACAACCUGGAGCUGAUCCGGGACGAGGACGGGAACAACCUGCUGCACAUCUCGGCGUCGGAGGGCCACGCCGACUGCCUGCAGCACCUGACCUCGCUCAUGGGCGAGGACUGCCUGAACGAGCGCAACAGCGAGCAGCUCACCCCCGCCGGCCUGGGCAUUAAGAACGGACACCUGGAGUGCGUGCGCUGGAUGGUGAGCGAGACGGAGGCCAUCGCCGAGCUCAGCUGCUCCCGCGAGCACCCCAGCCUGAUCCACUACGCCGCGCGCUACGGACAGGUAAGGGGGCGGAGCCUGAUCCACUACGCCGCGCGCUACGGACAGGUAAGGGGGCGGAGCCUGAUCCACUACGCCGCGCGCUACGGACAGGAGAAGAUCCUGCUGUGGCUGCUGCAGUUCAUGCAGGAGCAGGCCAUCUCCCUGGACGAGGUGGACCAGGGCGGGAACAGCGCCGUGCACGUAGCCGCCCAGCACGGUCACCUGGGCUGCAUACAGACCCUUGUGGAGUACGGCUCCAACGUCACCAUCCAGAACCAGCACGGGGAGCGGCCUUCCCAGAGUGCCGAGCGGCACGGGCACACCACCUGCUCGCGCUACCUGGUGGUGGUGGAGACGUGCAUGUCGCUGGCCUCCCAGGUGGUGAAGCUCACCAAGCAGCUCAACGAGCAGACGGCGGCGAAGGUGACGCUGCAGAACCAGGUGCAGCAGCUGCUCCUGGACUCGCCGCACGGGGACGGCUCGUCCUCGCCGACCGCCAGUGGCCACAUGGAGGCGUGGCCUGAGAUGACGCUGACGGCGGAGGCGGGGCCGGGGGACGGGCACUGGGUGCUGCGGCAGCGGGACGUGGACUCGGACACGGUGCUCCGGCAGCUCCUGGGCAAGGAGAUCUCGGAGAAGGUGUGCACCUCGGAGCGGCUGUCCCUGGAGUUCCGGGGGGCGGGGGCCCCCGCCGGGGCGGACCCGGGGGUGGCGCUGCGGCGCAUGGGCGUGGUGGAGCGCCGCGAGCUGAAGCUGGCCCGGCUGAAGCAGAUCAUGCAGCGCUCGCUCAGCGAGUCGGACACGGACUCCUACCCGCCCGAGGAGAGGCACGCCCACGGCCCCGCCCCUGGCCCCGCCCACUCCCACAGCUCCGCCCACGGCCCCGCCCCUGGUCCCGCCCACGGCACCGCCCCCGGCCCCGCCCGACCCGACAGGCCCCGGCAGCUGGCCGUCGGCGAGGGCGACGAGCCGGCGGCCAGCCUGCACCUGGUGAUGAAGAGGCACGCCCCCUCGUCCGCCGAGCGCAAGCUGGCCUUCGCCCACGGCUCCUCCAAGUCCGCCGACGGGUACAACCCCUCGCCCACGUCCGACUGCAGCGACCCGGACCACGAGCCCAGGGCGGAUGCGGCGGCGGCGGCGGGGGGGGACGGGGGGCCCGACGGCGGCGGCGGCUCCCAGAAGAACGCCACCAGCCCGAAAAGCGCGCUCAAGUCGCCCUCCUCCCGGAGGAAGACCUCCCAGAGCCUCAAGCUCAGGGUGACCUUCGACGAGCCCGUCGUCCACAAGGAGGCGCCGGAGGGCGAGGCCCGGGGCGGCCCGGCCAAGGAGGGCGAGAGGGGCGCGGCGAGGACUUCGGCGGGGGGCGAGCCGGGGGAGGCGUGGAAGCGCCCGUUCGGGACGUUCCGCUCCAUCAUGGAGUCGCUGAGCGGGAACCAGAACAGCAACAAUAACAACCCCCACGGCUCCCCCGCCGCCAAAUGCCCUACGUCCACCCCCAAAUGCCCCGCAUCCACCACCAAAUGCCCCGGCCCCGUCGCGUCGCUGAGCUCGCCCGCGAGGAAGACGUCCGAGACGAGAGCCAAUCAGACCAGCGUUGCCAAGUCCAAGAGCAAGACCAGCGCUGUGUAGGAGGACACGCCCACGCUGGACGCACAGGGGCGAGUGACCUGGAUGGAGUUCCUAGUGCUCGCCGAAGAUGACCUUUCCCAUCCCACCCGACCGGCAAACUCAUGUGGGAUUUUUUUAUAUUGAACUAUUUCUGGAUAAUUUCCACUUUUCUGUUUUUCUUUUAUUUUUUCCUAUUAUUAAUUCAGAAUAUUGUAACUGUAAAAGACAAGAAGGAUAACAGUGGAAUGCACAGGGGAUGUAAUUUUUCUUUUGCAUAAAGUGGAUUUUUCUAGGAAGGAGCACUUGAUGUACACUUGCACAAAUGUAUUGGAGCCACUGUAUAUAGUACUCUUUUACACCUAAUCCACCUUUGCAUUUUCUACUGUUAGUUUUUGAUUCAAAGUGUUGCUUAUUACCAGUUACUGUAUUCGUGACCUAUGCAUACUAGUAUGAUUUCAUUUUGAUUGUUACUUUAAACUGUAUUGACUUUUUUUUUUUACACUCCAUUGAGAUCAUUUAACCUUGCGGUAUGCAGUAUGAAGAACUGAGUCUUGGAAAGAGAUUUUACUUUUCCAGUUUGGUGUUUUUUGCAAUGUUAUCGACACUGAAUUCCUGAAGAGCAGGACACAGGCUACGUGAUCAUAACAUAUUUUUUAAAUUAUUGUAGUAAUUAUGUGUGAAGACCGCUGUCCACAACUCACAGUGGCCACUUAGGAGUUGCGCGUCAUGUGACGUGUGUGAAACCUCAACAUUGCACUCUGCAAUAUAUAAAACUGCAAAAAUAUGCAAAGUCAACAAUGCUGCAAUACGAUUGGUUCACUGUGGUCGUUUUUAGUAUCUUAAAAAAAAAAAAAACUGAACAGCAUUAUGUUACUGUUUAUACAUUUCGUUGUCUCAUUUCCAGUUUAGGAAUCGGAAGAAUAACUAAAUGCAGACCCGUUGUGGUUGCUCCCCCCCCCCACCUCCCCCAAUUAUUGAAGCCGCUGUCAGAGGUUCACCCACCGGAUUGAAAGGACAAGCAUUUAUACCUUCAGGUACCACUGGGUCUUGGAUCAAUCUCUUAGGCAUUGAUGCCAAAGAUUGAUGCUUUCAAUUAAAUGAACAUGUACACACACCGCAACAAGAAAUACCGAAACGUUCAAAAUACAAACAAAACACUGUAUUCAGUCCCUGCUGUCAGUCUUCAUGCUGAGAUUAUGUAUCUUAACCCUUCACUCAAAUUUUGUCACAAUAGAUUUUAAUAAAUCUAGCCUACAGGUAUACAGAGUAAUCGGCAAGGUUAAUCAGAACAUUCCAUAUGUUGUCUGGGGAAGAAAUAAUAUUUUAUAGUUUCAAUUCUUUGCAGUUCUUUGGUUCGGUUCUCAAAACAUUUGCAACUUUCGGAACAGUGGAAAUUGUUGAUUAAAUUAAAAUUGAGAAUAUGUUGACAAAUCAAGUGUGUGAUGCUUUGUCACAGUGACAGAAAUUGGAAAACUGCAGAACUAAAUAAAAAUGAUUUAUCUA